CGGUCGUUCUCGGGCGCGGGCGGCGUCGUCGCGUUCCGCGCAGGUCUCGGCGCGCGCGACCGCGCGGGCGCGGUCGUCGUCUCGCGGGGGGCGGGCGCGCGCGGGGGCGGCGGGGGCCGGGCGGCCGCGCCGGGGGGCGCCGUCGCGGCGCGCGUCGGGGGCGGCGGGCGCCGGGGGCGCGCGGCGGGGGCGUCGGCGCCGUUCUUUCCGGCGGGCGGGCGGCGGCGCCGCGGGGGGCGGUUCCGGGGUCGCGCCGGGCGGGCGCGGCCGCGGCCGGGCGUUCGGGGUCGGCCGGGGGGGGGGGGCGGGCGGGGGGGCGGCGGGGGGGGGGUGGUCUCGG